AUGGCUGGCACUUAUGAUAUCGAAGAGCAGAGAGUUAUUGACAGAAUUAGGUGUAUCGCUUUUCGCGAAGCUCGAGAUGCUGGCGCAACAUUUAUCGAUCGAAAUUGGAUCGCCGAUAAAGUUCAUCGUUCGAUUCGAUUUAUCACAGACUGGUGGCAAAAGUCAUAUGAUCAAUGUUUUGCUGAUUAUUCAAACGCUGGUCGUAAGCUUAAAUUAUCACAAGCAAGUCAAGACAUCAUUCGUGAGGCGAGUGGUCGACAAGGAAAAAGUUGUUCCGUUGUGGCGAAGAAGAUUGCAGAAAAGCAGAAGGAAUAUGUCACUAGAAGAACAAUUAAUAAUUAUCGUCACAGAGAAGGAUUAAAACCAUUUCAUGUUAUUCCACAACCGCUAAAAUCUGAAACUCACAUAUCAGAUCGAUUGUGGCUGUGCGAUUGGUUAAAAGAUUGGACUGAAGAGGAUUUUCUUCAUCUGGCACCAUCGGAUGAAUUUUACGUGUGGGUUGUUCGUCGACCAAAUUAUCAGAAUGAUAGAGUUUGGGCAAAAAGCGUCGAUGAUAUCGAAGAAGACGAACAUUAUCGUGAAAUGGUUAAAAACCAACCAUGCAUUGGAAUUUUUGUGAUAUUCACGGCUAAAAGGUUACAUUGGGUGAUUAAAGACAAAGGUGAAUCCUGGACUGGUCAAUAUUUUCGUGAUAUAAUUUUGACUGAACACGUCCUUCCAUUCUUAAAAAAUGAAGAAAAUGUCAUUGAUCCCGAUGAAGUUAUUUUUAUCCAUGACAAAGCACCAUGUAUGCGAGCAUAUCCUACCCAACAUUUGCUUCAAGACAAUGAUAUUAAAUUUUGGGGUAAUGAUAUUUGGCCUGGAAAUUCACCUGAUCUCAAUGUGGCAGAACAUAUUGGAACAAUUAUCAAAGAUGAAGUCGAGAAAAAAAUGUUAUCAGAAACAAGAGAUUCUCGCUACCUUGAAGAAACACUCAAGAUGCAUCUUUCAGAUGUUUUGACAAACAUGGAAACCGACAGUGAUCUAUUCGAAACCGUUCUAUGUUCGUAUCCAUCUCGAUUACGUGCAGUAAAGAAUGCUAACGGUCGUCAUACUGAUUAUUGA